CAGCCGAAGUAGUUACGUCUGCAACUGCAUGCUGCAGUUAUAAGUUAACGCCACGUUCACGCACACGAUCUUUACACGCAAACCUCGAAUUCAGCCUACUCCAGUGCACAUAGAUCUUGUAUCAUAUUUCAUUCAGCGAAAUGUCAGUUGAUGUGCGUUAUGCAGCAUUCGGAGGAAUAACAGCGAUCCUCCUCUUCGGAACACUCUACUCUGUCACAUACGACACUUAUCUCGACACCUCCAAUCCCCUCCUUACACACCUCCCUCACCACCUACAUGCGACGCACUAUUUUGCAAACAAAGCCAAUAUCCUCAAUUCAUAUUUCAUCAAACGCGCCUGGGGCUGGACUUCCGCCGCCUUCCUCACCCUCUGGCUCACAAGCCCACCGCACAAGCGCACAGCGCACAGAGUAGUCAAGUGGGGCGUAGAAACAGCCGUAUGGCUCGUAUUCACAAGCUGGUUCUUCGGACCUGCCCUCCUCGAAAGGCUCACAGCAGCUUCGGGAGGCGUGUGCACGGUCACCCUCCAGCCUUCUGGCGCGGUGGUCACUAUCCCGAAUGACUACUGUCUCACCCGGACGGCGAUAUCACUAGAGACACAUCCAUCCUUGUUUGCAGAGUCGUUUGCUGAGUCGUUAUGGGUGCCGGAUGAUAGGUUGCCGGUGCUCCCGCGUCUCAGGAAGGGACAUGACGUCUCGGGUCACGUCUUCCUCCUCACUAUGUCCGCCUUGUUCUUGGUGGACCAGAUCAGGGUGUCUCUGCGCGCGAGGACGUGGUCGCUCGCGCAUGCUUGUGCAGUCGCGUUCAAUAUCGUGCUCGUCGCGAUCUGGUUGUUUGCGGUCUCCACCACCAGCGUGUACUUCCAUUCACCAUUUGAGAAGUUCACCGGAUAUCUGUUGGGAGUCGCGGGUUAUAUGGUGACUUUGUUGUUGUAGUAUACCAGCGGGAUUCUAUUAGUGCUAUGGAUGUAAUAUUUCUACAUAGCUACCCCAUCCGCUUGUAGUAUACUGUAUUAUACAAAGUCGACGUCGCUCCAAACUCAUCAGAUCCAUG